AUGUACACUGCUACAAAAACAGGCAAGAACGGCGCAGUUUGGAUAGCACUAAAGAGGUUCGUACAGGAACUCUCCGAAAGGAACAACUUUUGCAGCAAAAUGAAUUUUAUGAAGAAACAGAAGGACUAUUGCUUUGGCGUGAGAUUGCUGACUAGUCGGAUAAUCACCAUAUGCUGCGAAAUACUGAAUGAGUCAGCUGCCUUUUUUUCGAUUGCUCAAUUUCAACAUUUUGUCAACACUCGGACUUUACCGCUCUAUGACUGGGUGCCCUAUGAUAUCUCAUCAACAACCAUUUUUUGGGCAACUUUGUUGCACCAAACCAUCAUAAUAAUGAUUUGCGCGAAUACCAGUGUUGCCCACGAGACUCUCAUUUCUGGUUUUAUGAUCCAAAUUUGCGCCCAGUUAGAUAUACUCUGCCAUCGAGCUCGCAUACUGCCGGAUUUGUUACAAGAGGCCCGAAAAUGCAGCAUUUCGAAAGAAGACUUCAAAAUGCGAGAACGGCAACUAAUUCGCGAAAUUGUACAUCAUCAUCGCUACGUGUAUAGAUUUGCGGAACGCAUCAAUGCAGUAUUCACGCUAAUGAUUUUCGUGCAAUUCACCAUAAGCUCGACAGUGCUCUGUCUUUGCAUCUACCAAAUGUUGACAACAAACUUACUAAGCGUCGAAUUUGCGUAUAGCUCGUCAUAUCUUGGUUCUAUGCUUAUACAGAUUUAUUUGUACUGCUGGUUCGGCAACGAAGUGACACUGAAGAGCACUGAAAUCGGAAACGCCGUUUACGAGAUGGAUUGGCCGAUGCUUCCAGUUGAUUUAAUGAAGACUCUUUUGAUAAUUAUUACACGAUCUGUGAAGCCAAUUAAGAUAACUAGCGGAUACAUAAUUACUUUAUCCAACGAAUCUUUUAUGAAGAUCAUUAAAAUAUCUUACUCGGCGUACAAUGUUUUGCAGGGAUCUUAA